AUGCCUCCUAAGCAGAAGAAAGAGAACAAGGUCGAGCAGGAAGAUCUCGGACAUGGCAAGAUCUUCUCCGUCUCAGGACCCGUCAUUGUCGCCGAGGACAUGAUUGGUGUUGCUAUGUACGAGUUGGUUAGAGUCAGUCACGAUAACCUGGUCGGUGAAGUCAUUCGAAUCAAUGGCGACCAAGCAACCAUUCAGGUCUACGAGGAGACCGCCGGUGUCACGGUCGGUGACCCCGUCUACCGCACCGGAAAGCCCCUCUCCGUCGAGCUCGGCCCCGGUCUGCUCAACGGUAUCUACGACGGUAUCCAGAGACCCCUCGAGAAGAUCAGCGAAAUGUCCAAGACCAUUUACAUUCCUCGUGGUAUCGCCGUCCCCGCCCUCGACCGCACGAAGAAGUGGGACUUCGAGCCCACCGCCAAGGUUGGCGACCACAUCUCGGGCGGUGACGUCUGGGGUACCGUCAACGAGAACUCGUUCAUCUCUGUCCACCGAAUCCUGCUCCCGCCCCGUGCUCGCGGAACUAUUACCAAGAUUGCCAGCAAGGGCCAAUACACUGUCGAGGAGCCCCUCCUCGAGGUCGAGUUCGAUGGCAAGAAGACGGAGUACCCCAUGAUGCAGACCUGGCCUGUGCGAGUUCCCCGCCCGACCACCGAGAAGAUGCAGGCAAACGAGCCCUUCGUCGUCGGCCAGAGAGUGCUCGACGCCCUUUUCCCCAGUGUCCAGGGUGGUACUGUCGCCAUUCCCGGUGCUUUCGGCUGCGGAAAGACUGUCAUCAGUCAGUCUGUGUCCAAGUUCUCCAACAGCGAUGUCAUUGUUUACGUCGGCUGCGGUGAGCGCGGAAAUGAGAUGGCUGAAGUUUUGAAGGAUUUCCCCGAGCUCACCAUCGACGUCGACGGCCGCAAGGAGCCCAUCAUGAAGCGCACUACCCUUAUUGCCAACACCUCCAACAUGCCCGUCGCUGCCCGUGAGGCUUCUAUCUACACAGGUAUUACUGUGGCCGAGUACUUUCGCGACCAGGGCCUGGACGUCGCCAUGAUGGCCGACUCGUCUUCGCGUUGGGCAGAGGCUCUUCGUGAAAUUUCCGGACGUCUGGGAGAGAUGCCUGCUGAUCAAGGUUUCCCCGCCUACCUCGGUGCCAAGCUCGCCAGUUUCUACGAGCGUGCCGGUCGCGUCAAGUCUCUCGGCUCCCCCGAGAGGAUGGGCAGUGUCAGCAUUGUCGGUGCCGUCAGUCCUCCUGGUGGUGAUUUCUCCGACCCCGUUACUACUUCCACCCUCGGUAUCGUACAGGUCUUCUGGGGUCUCGACAAGAAGCUCGCCCAGCGCAAGCACUUCCCCUCCAUCAACACCUCGCUCAGUUACAGCAAGUACACCAUGGUCCUCGACAAGUGGUACGAGAAGGACUACCCCGACUUCCCUCGUUUGCGCGACCGUAUCAAGCAGCUCCUGUCCGACUCGGAAGAGCUCGACCAGGUCGUACAGCUGGUCGGAAAGAGUGCGCUGUCUGAUCCCGACAAAAUCACUUUGGAUAUCGCUGUGCUGCUGAAGGAGGACUUCCUGCAGCAGAACGGUUACUCAGACUACGACCAGUUCUGCCCGCUGUGGAAGACGGAGUGGAUGAUGAAGCUCAUGAUUGGUUUCCACGAUGAGGCCCAGAAAGCCGUCGCUCAGGGCCAGAGCUGGGCCAAGAUUCGCGAAGCCACUGGAGACCUGCAGGGCAAGCUUCGUCAACUCAAGUUCGAGCUCCCUGACGAUGGCCAGGCCGCCGUUACCAAGAAGGCAAGUCAAUACAACAUUUACGAGGACAUCCAACAGGAAAUGCUGGACAAGUUUGCCUCCGUUAUCGACGAGUAA